GUUUUGCAGGUUGAAAUCAUGUCAGGAAGAGGCAAAGGUGGUAAAGGACUCGGUAAAGGAGGCGCCAAGCGUCAUCGCAAGGUUUUGCGUGAUAACAUCCAGGGAAUCACCAAACCCGCCAUCCGUCGUCUCGCUCGUCGUGGUGGUGUCAAGCGUAUCUCCGGUCUGAUCUAUGAGGAGACUCGCGGUGUGUUGAAGGUGUUUUUGGAGAACGUUAUUCGUGACGCCGUCACCUACACUGAACACGCCAAGAGAAAGACCGUCACCGCCAUGGAUGUCGUCUAUGCUCUGAAGCGUCAGGGUCGCACUCUGUACGGUUUCGGAGGUUAAAUGAUUUAAUCACGCAAACCCAAACGGCUCUUUUAAGAGCCACCCACAUUAUCACAUAAAGAGUCGAAAUCUUUGUCACUGUUUUGUUUGUUAAAUGCACAGAUAUUGUAUAGAACAGUUCAAAAGCAUAUAUACACAAGUGUAUUACAGAUAUUUAGCAGAUAUCUUAUGGACGUACAUGUGCUAACUGAGCACAUAAGUUAUGUGCUUUAUACUUUUAAUCUUUUAUUUUGUGUGCAUUUUCUCAAAUACAAGCUUUUAACUUCACAA